UAUAAAGGAUGUUCAACAUUCAGAAGAACAGGAGACAGAGCCUCUUUCCCAACUGUAAACUCGCAAAAUCUGAGUCAACAGAUGAUAAUGUUCCAUUUGCUAAAGACUGUUUGGUGAAACAAUGGAGCUCUUUAAGCGAACUUCAGAGGGAUAUAUACGACAUCUACGCUGAAGACGAUGACGAGGACGUUGUGAAACAUUCAGAGCCUACAUCAUGGUUUACAUCGCCCAGCAAGAACUGCACACUCAACCUCAACGUUGGAGGGAAGUACUAUCAUAUCACCUACAAAAUGGCCACGAGAUACCCCCAAAGCAGAAUCGGCCGUCUGGCCAGCUACACAGACCUCAACCAGAAGUUGGACCUCUGCGACGACUAUGUUGUGAAAGACAACGAGUAUUUCUUCGACCGAGAUCCAGAUGUGUUCAACAGCAUCUUCAACUUCUACAGAACUGGUGUGCUGUGGAUCAAAGAUGAGCUUUGUCCAAGAAACUUCCUGGAGGAGAUAGAUUAUUGGGGCGUUCGGAUCAAAUACACACAUCGCUGUUGCCGGAUCUUGCUUGAGGAGAAUCACGAUGAGUUGUGCGAACAGCUAAAAGUUCAGAAGGAACUGGAAGCUGAGGUGGAAUCCGAGGAAAAUGAGGAAGUGUUUGAGGAAAUGUACUUCGGAAAGACGCGAAGGACUCUGUGGAACCUCAUGGAGAAACCGUUCUCCUCGGUACCGGCUAAACUCAUGGCAGUGGCCUCGAGUCUGUUUGUGUUGGUGUCCCUGGUCACGAUGACGUUGAAUACUGUAGAAGAAAUGGGGACCAAGGCACCUUCCAACCAAUCCAGAGGAAGGCCCUGUGGAGAAUUGGUGGAGACAUUGUGCAUAACCUUCUUCAUCACUGAGUAUCUUCUACGUCUCGCGUCAACACCUGAUCUCGGUCGCUUUGUGAAAAGCAUGCUGAACGUCGUAGACCUGAUGGCCAUCCUACCACAGUUCCUGCAGUUUGUGCUAGAGAGCUUUGUGAGUCCGGGUUUUGGUAGACUAAACCCAGACAUUAAGUCUGUAGGGCAAGUGAGCAAACUGGGACAAGUACUGCGAAUCAUGCGACUCAUGCGCAUUUUUCGAAUUCUGAAAUUGGCGCGUCACUCCACAGGGCUCCGAGCGUUUGGGUUUACAUUGCGACAGUGCUACCAACAGGUGGGAUGUCUCUUCCUCUUUAUCGCCAUGGGGAUCUUUACAUUCUCAGCCAUGGUUUAUACCGUUGAGCAUGACGUCCCUCAUACCAACUUCACCAGUAUUCCACAUGCUUGGUGGUGGGCAUCUGUUAGUAUCUCUACUGUAGGUUAUGGUGACAUGUAUCCCGAGACACUUUUGGGGCGGAUAUUUGCCUUUGGCUGCAUUUCCUUCGGAAUCAUUUUGAAUGGCCUUCCAAUCUCGAUCCUCUUCAAUAAGUUCUCUGAUUACUACUCCAAACUGAAGUCCCAUGAGUACACGUCCAACAUGAGGAGCAGAGGAAAGGUUAACUUCAUCCAGAGAGCCAAGAAGAAACUUAAAGAAAGUGGUUGCUUUGAAACUGUCUCAUAGUCACCAAUGAAAUUCAACUCAGUGUUGUUUUAUGGACCACAAUACAAUAAGGCUGUAUAAGUUACAUGGAAUUUUUGUCGCCAUUUACUCACCCUCAUUUUCUUGCAAGCUUGUAUGCAGGGGUGGAUCUACCAGGGUGGCAUAGGGUGGCAAAUGCCACCCUAGAAGAAUACCUUGCCACCCCUGCUGCCACCCCAGUUGGCAGCAAAGAAUGAAAAGUUAUGGCCAAUUUGACAAUUUACGAGCGCGAAUCUCCAAUGUCCGACUGCACUGAAUGCAGCACGAGUUGACGCUAGAGCGGCAAGAGACUUCAUGCCUUUCCGGUGAUAAUGCCCUUACUUCAAUCAUACUUCUAUCUCCUAUUAACUGAGAUCACAUUGUAUGGUCACUUAUUCCUAAUAUGAACUGUUUCACAUGAAACCUCAAAUGCAAGACAUUGAUUGCAUGAGAUUAAGUUUGUCUGUAUGAGUUUGUAAAUGGCAGCCUGUGCCCUUUUAUAGUGUGUACAUACUAUUUCCCAUCAAAGGAAAGAUAACAUUCUGCUUAAAAUCUCCCUUUUUUAUCGAUGAAAUAAACAAUAAAAUAACAAUUCAUAAUGUUUUGAAUCUUAAUGUUCAUUUAAAUAUUCUAUUGUUCAUUUUUAGUUGAAAAUGCAUUACUGUUAUGUGUAUGCAACUAAUUAGUAGAAACUAACAUUAAUAAAGAUAAAUGGAUGUUGUAAAAUUAUUUUCAGAGUCAGUUCACGAUAUCUCUUGUGUUAC